CAGCCGUAAUGAGCCAUUUGCAUUGUUGGGAUUCAAGAUAACAUAGUAGAGCGAAGUUGAAGGAAAUUGCUUCAAUCAGCAAGAGUUAAGUUCUGUGUAUAUAACCCGCCUCUUCCUGAGUGAGUUUGGAUGCCGCAGAGUGGCAAAGCUAGUUGCAGAAGUUAUGUCUGCUGAGUUUAUGAAAGGGUGGGAAGUUAAAAGUCAGUAUGUUAUUCAGCUGCCGUAGCUGCUCUUUGGACUUGUUGUCAGGGGGCUGGAAACGAAUAAAGCUUUGUACUUCACCAAGAACAAAAAUUAAGCUUGAAUUCUUCCAUGGCAGGGAAGAACAACCCACCUUCUACAUUGUUUCAGUACCCGAAGAGAUCUAACAUGUCAAGUUUGCACUUGACAAAGAAGGGCAGGGAAGAACAACGGCUGGAUCUGCAUCGGGAUUUCACGGUCGCCUCCCCUGCAGAAUUUGUCAUUCGGUUUGGUGGGAACAAGGUCAUCGAAAAGGUUCUGAUCGCCAACAAUGGCAUUGCAGCUGUUAAGUGUAUGCGGUCCAUCCGCCGAUGGUCCUAUGAAAUGUUUCGAAACGAAAGAGCAGUUAGGUUUGUUGUCAUGGUUACUCCUGAAGAUCUGAAGGCCAAUGCAGAAUACAUCAAAAUGGCAGAUCAGUAUGUACCAGUUUCUGGGGGACCCAACAACAAUAAUUAUGCUAAUGUCGAGCUGAUUGUGGACAUUGCAAAGAGAAUCCCAGUGCAGGCAGUUUGGGCCGGCUGGGGACAUGCCUCUGAGAACCCUAAACUUCCAGAACUCCUUCAGAAAUAUAACAUUGCAUUUCUAGGUCCUUCAAGCGAGGCUAUGUGGACACUGGGAGAUAAAAUAGCCUCCUCCAUUGUCGCACAGACUGCAGGGAUCCCAACAUUGCCUUGGAGUGGAAGUGGUCUGAUUCUUGACUGGACAGAGGAAGAUCAGAAACUGAAGAGAACUGUCAAUGUUUCUAAAGAAGUGUACAUGAAUGGCUGUGUACGAGAUGCCACUGAAGGUUUGGAGGCUGCAGGAAAAAUCGGUUAUCCAGUGAUGAUUAAAGCAUCUGAAGGUGGUGGAGGAAAGGGCAUUCGCAAAGUUGAUAGUGCAGAUGAUUUUCCUAACCUCUUCAGACAAGUUCAAACUGAGGUUCCAGGAUCUCCAAUUUUCAUCAUGCAAAUGGCCCAACAUGCACGACACCUUGAGGUACAGAUCCUGGCAGACCAGUACGGAAAUGCUAUCUCAUUGUUUGGGAGGGAUUGUUCCAUUCAACGUAGGCAUCAGAAGAUUAUUGAGGAGGCGCCUGUUACUAUAGCAACUCAAUCAGUGCUUGAGUGUAUGGAGCAAUGUGCAGUGCGAAUUGCCAAAAUGGUUGCUUAUGUUAGUGCAGGCACUGUAGAAUACCUCUACAGCCCAGAUGGCAGCUUCUACUUCCUGGAACUCAAUCCUCGCCUGCAGGUUGAACAUCCCUGCACUGAGAUGGUAGCAGAUGUCAACUUGCCUGCUGCCCAACUACAGAUCGCCAUGGGGAUCCCUUUGCAUCGGCUGAAAGAUAUCAGAAUCCUGUAUUGUGAAUGUCCUUGGGCUGACUCAGCAAUCAACUUCGAGGAGCCAAUAAAUAUUCCAAGGCUCAGGGGUCAUGUUAUUGCUGCCAGGAUCACAAGUGAAAAUCCUGAUGAGGGAUUUAAGCCCAGUUCAGGAACAGUCCAGGAAUUAAAUUUCCGCAGUAAUAAAAACGUCUGGGGAUACUUCAGUGUGGCAGCUGCUGGUGGCCUGCAUGAGUUUGCUGAUUCCCAGUUUGGUCACUGUUUCUCCUGGGGAGAAAACCGCGAGGAGGCUAUCUCGAAUAUGGUUCUAGCACUUAAGGAACUCUCAAUCCGUGGAGACUUUAGAACAACUGUUCAGUACUUGAUCAAGCUGUUGGAAACAGAGAGCUUUCAGCUUAACACCAUUGAUACUAGCUGGCUUGACCACCUCAUCGCAGAUAAAGUACAGGCAGAGAGACCAGAUACAAUGCUUGGAGUGGUGUGUGGUGCUUUACAUGUGGCAGAUUCAGCCUUUCAAAUAAGUAUGACCAACUUCCUACAUUCUCUUGAAAGAGGUCAGGUUCUCCCAGCAAACAGCCUGUUAAACAUAGUGGAUGUGGAGCUUAUUUAUGAAGAAACUAAAUAUUCCUUACAGGUAGCCCGUCAGUCAUUGACCCUUUAUGUUGUUAUUAUGAACAACUCGCAUAUUGAGAUCGACGUUCACCGGCUAAGUGAUGGAGGCCUCUUAUUAUCCUAUGAUGGCAAUAGUUACACUACAUACAUGAAAGAGGAGAUAGACAAGUAUUUGAUCACUAUUGGUAACAAGACUUGCGUGUUUGAGAAGGAGAAGGAUCCCACUGUGUUGAGGUCUCCCUCUGCUGGCAAACUACUGCAGUACCUUGUUGAAGAUGGAGGCCAUGUUUUGGCAAAACAUUGCUAUGCAGAGAUUGAGGUGAUGAAGAUGGUGAUGGCUUUGGUUGUUGAAGAAUCAGGAUGUGUGCAUUAUGUAAAGAGACCAGGUGCCUGUCUAGAGCAAGGCUCCAUAGUAGCUAAAAUGGAAUUAGAUGACCCCAAGAAACUGUUAUUUUACAUCUGGUGGGAACAAUUGUACAUGAUUCACUGUAUUUUGCUUGUUUAUUAGGACCAACUUUGUUCUCGAGAUCCCACGUUGACAGAAGAACUGAUGGUAAUUUUAAAUGAACUAACACAACUUAGCAAAAUGGAGAAUGCCAAGGUGGCUCUACGAUCCAGGCAGGUUUUGAUUGCAUCGCACCUGCCCUCCUAUGAGUUGCGGCAUAAUCAGGUGGAGUCCCUCUUCCUGUCUGCUAUCGAUAUGUAUGGCCACCAAUUCUGUCCUGACAAUCUAAAAAAAUUGAUCUUCUCAGAGACCUCUAUUUUUGAUGUUCUGCCCAGCUUCUUCAAUCAUGUCAAUAGAGUUGUACGGAUGGCAGCUCUUGAGGUAUAUGUGCGGAGAGCAUACAUUGCCUACGAACUGAACAGCGUACAGCACCAUCAACUGCAUAAUGGCAUUUGUGUGGUGGCUUUCCAGUUCCUACUUCCUUCAUCUCAUCCAAACAGAGGAAGCUAUCCUACCCUAUACAGGAUGUGUGUUCCAACCAGCACAGUUCACUAUGAGCUGAAUCGACAAAGCAAUGACCUCUUCAAAACUAGCGUGCCGUCUCCUGUAUGCCGGCGAAUGGGAGUAUUAGUUGCAUUUGAAGCAUUUGAAGAUUUAGUUAAAAACUUUGAAGGAGUGAUUGCCUGCUUUGCUGACCCAUUUCUGGACAGUCCGCUAUUUUCUGAAACAAGAUCCACCUUCUUUGACCAAACAGACAUUCAGAAUAUCUUUAACACCAAGAACAACCACGUAAGAAUCCUACUCAUUGACUACAGUUCAGCCUUCAACACUAUUAUGCCCUCAAGACCGAUUACUAAAUUUAGUGAUCUCGGACUAAGCCCCACUCUCUGCAACUGGAUCCUCAGUUUCCUGACCCACAGGCCACAAUCAGUGAAGAUUGGGGAUAAUAUUUCAUCCUCACUAACACUCAACACUGGGGCUCCCCAUGGGUGUGUACUGAGCCCCCUACUGUACACACUGUAUAUCCAUGACUGCAUCGCCAAAUACCAGACUAAUGCCAUUUGCAAGUUCGCUGAUGACACCAUCAUACUUUGCUGCAUCUCAGAUGACGAUGAAACAGACUACAGACAGAGGUGGAAGACCUGGAAAAAUGGUAGCUUGAAAGAGGAACCUACUCAUAUUUUGAUUGUUGCCCUCAAAGAGGUUGAUUCUGAGCAGGAUGAUGAACUGGUGCCUAUCUUCAGCAAAUUCUGUCAAUCACAGAAAGCACUUCUUUUUGACUAUGGAAUCAGACGAAUCACCUUUCUGGUUGGGCAGAAGCGAGAAUUCCCCAAGUACUUCACCUUCAGGGCCAGUGCUGAGUUUGCAGAGGAUCGUAUUUAUCGACAUUUGGACCCGGCACUAGCCUUUCAGCUGGAACUUAACCGAAUGCGAAACUUUGACCUGACUGCUGUUCCCUGCGGUAAUCACAAGAUGCACCUGUAUUUAGGUGCUGCCAAGGUGAAGAAAGGAGCAGAAGUCACUGACUACAGGUUCUUUGUCCGAGCGAUAGUGCGCCACCCUGACCUCAUCACUAAGGAAGCCUCUUUUGAAUAUCUACAAAAUGAGGGAGAGCGUCUGCUGCUUGAGGCCAUGGAUGAAUUGGAGGUGGCUUUUAACAAACAGACUGUCCGCACUGAUUGCAAUCAUAUCUUCCUCAACUUCGUGCCAACUGUGAUAAUGGACCCAUCCAAGAUUGAGAAGUCUGUCCAUGACAUGGUUAUGAGAUAUGGAAGCAGGUUGUGGAAACUCAGGGUCCUGCAAGCUGAGCUCAAAAUAAAUAUCCGCCUAACGCCCACAGGAAAAGCAAUCCCAAUCCGUUUGCUUCUUACCAAUGAAUCUGGAUAUUACUUGGAUAUGAGCCUUUACAAGGAGGUGCCAAAUGCUAGGACUGGACAGAUCAUGUUUAUUUCAUAUGGAGAAAAGCAAGGGCCUCUCCACGGAAUGUUGAUGAAUACACCUUAUGUCACCAAAGAUCUACUGCAGGCAAAGCGAUUCCAGGCGCAGAGCUUGGGAACAACCUAUGUCUAUGACUUUCCUGAAAUCUUUCAGCAGGCUCUCUUUAAGCUGUGGGGGUCUGAUGUAGAGUAUCCUAAGGAACCAUUCCUGUGCACAGAACUUGUUCUAGACUCUCAGGGUCAACUCGUGCAUAUGAACAGGAUUGCUGGAGGUAAUGAGGUAGGAAUGGUGGCCUGGAAAAUGAACUUAAAAACUCCAGAAUAUCCUGAAGGACGUGACAUUGUUGUGAUUUGUAAUGAUCUCACUUAUAAGAUUGGUUCAUUUGGCCCUGAGGAGGAUUUGCUAUUCUUGCGGGCAUCUCAACUAGCCAGAGCAGAAGGCAUUCCUAGAAUUUAUAUCGCAGCCAACAGUGGUGCCAGGAUUGGCCUUGCUGAAGAGAUAAGGAACAUGUUUCAGGUGGCCUGGGAAGAUCCAGAUGAUCCAUACAAGGGCUUCAGAUACUUAUACUUGACACCUCAGGACUACACCAGAAUUAGCCCUUUUAACUCUGUGCACUGUGAACAUGUGGAGGAGGAUGGAGAGUACAGAUAUGUUAUCACUGACAUUAUUGGCAAAGAGGAAGGCCUGGGAGUGGAGAACCUGCGAGGAGCUGGAACCAUUGCUGGAGAAUCCUCACUUGCUUACAAUGAAAUUGUCACCAUCAGUUUGGUGACUUGUCGUGCAAUUGGAAUUGGAGCAUACUUAGUGAGGUUGGGACAACGUGUGAUCCAAGUGGAAAAUUCCCAUAUCAUUCUCACUGGAGCCAGUGCACUGAACAAGGUUCUUGGCCGUGAAGUGUACACAUCCAAUAACCAGCUGGGUGGAGUGCAUAUCAUGCACAACAAUGGUAUAUCACAUACAACUGUCCCUGAUGACUUUGAGGGUGUUUAUACCAUCUUACAGUGGCUAUCUUACAUGCCUAAGAACAACACAAGUCCAGUGCCUGUAGUCUCCCCAAAGGAUUGUCCUGAGAGGGAAAUUGACUUUGUCCCCACCAAGACUCCAUAUGAUCCUCGAUGGAUGCUAGCUGGCAGACCUCAUCCAAAUAUCAAGGGUGCCUGGCAGAGUGGUUUCUUUGACCAUGGAUCUUUCAGUGAAAUCAUGAAACCCUGGGCUCAAACAGUAAUUGUUGGAAGGGCAAGGUUAGGUGGGAUCCCUGUGGGGGUUAUCGCUGUGGAGACUCGAACAGUUGAAUUGACGAAUCCAGCAGAUCCAGCUGAUCCAGAAUCAGAAUCAAAAAUUGUUCAGCAAGCUGGACAGGUAUGGUUUCCAGACUCAGCUUUUAAAACUGCACAGGUCAUUAAGGACUUUAAACGAGAACGGCUUCCCCUUAUUGUGUUUGCUAACUGGCGAGGGUUUUCUGGUGGAAUGAAAGAUAUGUAUGAUCAGGUUCUGAAGUUUGGUGCGAGUAUCGUAGAUAGUUUAAGGGAGUUCCAGCAGCCUGUCCUCGUAUACAUCCCACCUCAUGCUGAACUCCGAGGUGGCUCAUGGGCGGUGAUUGAUCCUACAAUCAAUCCACUUUACAUAGAACUCUAUGCGGACCAAGAAAGCAGGGGUGGUGUGCUGGAGCCUGAAGGCACUGUGGAGAUCAAGUUCAGACGGAAAGACUUGGUGAAGACAAUGAGGAGAAUUGAUGCCAUUUAUUCGGGCCUUGCUGACCAGUUGGGUUCCCUGGAGCUGUCUCAGAAAAUCCGUAAGGAGUUAGAAGCCAAAUUGAAAGCUCGAGAAGAGUUCCUUCUUCCAAUUUACCACCAAGUGGCAACCCAGUUUGCCAAUCUUCAUGAUACACCCGGCCGGAUGCAGGAGAAAGGAGUUAUUACGGAUAUCCUCGAGUGGAAGACCGUGCGCACGUUCUUCUACUGGCGUCUCCGCCGUCUACUGCUUGAAGAAAUGGUGAAACAAGAGAUUAUAAAAGUCAAUCCAGAGCUGAGUGAUGGCCAUAUUCAGUCAAUGCUGCGGAGGUGGUUUGUAGAGACAGAGGGAACUGUCAAGGCAUAUCUAUGGGAUAACAAUCAAAAGGUAGUGGAGUGGUUGGAAAAACAUCUUAAUGAUGAGGAUGACACUCGCUCUGUGAUACGAGAGAACAUCAAGUAUCUGAAACGUGAUUAUGCAAUAAAACACAUUCGCAGCUUAGUUCAGGCAAAUCCAGAGGUUGCAAUGGACUGUAUUAUCCACAUGAUGCAACAAAUCACCCCAGCCCAACGCACACAGAUCACUCAUCUCUUAACAACAAUGGAUGGCCCAGCAUCGCCGUGAGUGAAUGAAACCCAACAGUGUUGACCACUGGAUGUCUUACUUCAGGGAGAUCUGAAUAACAUGCACUCCUCAACAUCAUAUUAAAAAUGCUCAGGAACUGUGUCUUUCUCCAGCCAUGUGUUGCUGACAUGCCAGCCUGAAAACCGUCAAACAGAUAGUAGUGGAAAUACAGUCUUCAUCACACCAAGUGCCUAAACAGCUCUUCUUCCUGGCUCUAUGUACAACAAUGCACCAAAGCAGUCGUUUACCUUGAGACAUGUUGACAUUUACUACAGGCUGUUAUUCCCGUGAAAUCCAGUCACAUAUAGUCUUCAAGCAUGAUCCUCUAAACCUCAGAAUUGUAUGUUAAUUCAACAAGUAGUGCAGGAAUAAUCUACAAAAUGUUUUUCCCUAAAUGUCAUCUGAGGAUAUUAAGUUCUUCACUGAACUUUGCAGGAGCAUGCUAACGUCUCUUGGAUUUUUACUCAGAUGUGUUUGCCUGGGGAGUGCCGUUCACAGAUCAUGUAUCUCACAGAAGUUAAACCAAAAUAAUCUUUAAACCAUUUAUUUAGUAUGAAUUGUGAUGAUGGAAAUAAAGCUCAGGUAGUCUUGGCUGUUAAACUUUGACCUUAUGCAGAAAUGUUACUACAAUGUGUUAUAGGAGUAACAUACUCUUAUUAUCUGUAUUUCCCAAGAGACUAAUAAGAUCUACAUUCACAGUAACAGAUGAAUUCUAUUGCAUGAAUAUAAUCUUUGUGACUGUCAAUUGGCUUUAAAACCAUUUAUGGAUUAAAUAAUUCCUUAAGAACUUAUGCACUGCUGAAUUGCUGCAAAUAUAAUCGGUCUUGCAAUUGAACUAGCUACAGUGACUCCUACCUAAGUGUUAUCUGAGGAACCAUACAUGCCUGGGAGUAUUUGUGACCCACCUCUCCUUCAUUUGACACCUUCAGUUGAUCAAUCCACCUCUGGAAUUUCAUUCACCAGUGAGUCGUUGACAAGGUGCGAUUGUUUCACUUUUUCCAUUUCAACAAGGGAUUGCUUUUUCAGCUUUCUUAUGGCAGAUGGAAUACACCAACCAGUCCUGCAUCACGUUUUUAAUCAAUACUAGUAAUUGCGAGCUCACUGUAUGGAGAAUCAAGAUGAAACCCAUAUUCCAGCUUUCUGGUGCAUUGUAUUGCUAAGGUUGACACUCAAGACAUUGCUUAAAAAACUGGUGAGUUUAGUGCAGCAUAGACCAUCCAUCAAUAAUGCUGACCAAGUAAAUUAUGGAAGUGUUAAUUAUUGCUGUUUUUUAUUAAUAUUCUGUUCUAAAAUGUAUGUUGAUUUAUGAAUGUAUUUGGUGUUAUUCUUUUAUUUAUUUUAUAAUAUUGGGGGCAUAAUUCCUUUGUGUUCACUUUUUCUGCAGAUAUCUUGGUCUGCAUAACAUCAAGCAUUAUAAAUUGCUAGAAUUCAUCUGCAGUCUUUGCUUUAAAGUCACAACUGCUUUCAUACAUGUCCAAAAAUUGUGAGGUUACACAUUAUACUACAAAUCAUUCAGCCUCAAAAGUCCACAUCAAUUCAAUCCUGCCUGUGGAAGCUUUUGAAGCAUUAACAAGCAAUUUGCAGAGAAGGCUGUUAUUGAAGACUUACUUCCAUGCAGGCGAGAAAGAGAGAGACAAUUUUUUAAUGCUUUCACUUUAAGGACUGGGUGUUUCCCUGCUGCACUGGCCACAGGCAAACUAUGGUCACCUAGUAAGAAGCCAAUGAAAACAUUGUUGUCCAAGCAGUUAUCCCUUAGUUCAGAGCCCAUCGGCUCCGUGCUGCUUUGGCUCUCACUGUUCCAAGGAAACACGACAUUGUGUACAACUCUCAAUGUGCUCCAGUGAGCAUGAUUUUUAAACUGCAGCCAUUUUUUUUUUACACAGUCUCCUUGGUUUAAAGCAGUACCCAAAAUAGAGGAAAUGAAAUUGUGUGGUCUUUACAAUUAUUAUCAUUUUUGUUUUACACUAAAGAAAAAUAUGCUCAGAGGAUAAAUACCCAUAUUUCAUAAAUGUAACUAUAAGCUGCAAUCUAAGUAUUUUAGUGUUUGUUUUACAAAUAAAAGUUGACAAAUAAAAUAUGCUACAUUUAGA